CUAUUGGUCCCUGGCUACGUAGCGUGGAAAUCUGCCUUCGGCUUCAGAAUUGAGUCGCGAGGAGAGUUGUUUUGAAGGAUACUUUGGGGCAGGCGCGCCUUUCUUAACAGCGGGGUCUCAGGGAGCUGUUUUUGGUCUAGGAGGGAGCAAUUAGCCUCGCGGUGUGAUUUUUUUGGGGGGUGGUGAUUGUUGGUGCGUUGAUAUUUCAGUUAGGAAGGGAAGGAACAAAACCCCGCUGAGAUUUUUCUUUCUGUAACAUCAAAAUUCACUUCCCAGUUCAGGAAGAGAGAACCGUUUCUAUUUGUUUAUCCCCUUCUUCUGCUUCUUUCCCCUCCUCCAUUAGAAAGCCGAUGAUAAAGCUUAAAAUAUUGUUAUUUUUUAAAAGUUCAGGACCGCGCGUUCCCAUUUGAAACACAGGCUGAGUUUCAGGUGUUUUCACCAAUAUUCGAAGACCGGGGUGUUAAAAGUGGUUUUGUAUUCUUUUGUCUCCCUUUUAUUUAUAAGGAUGUUUGUGAAAGGACACCCAGCGUGUAGGAAAGUGUUUAGAAAGCUGUUGGGUUGGCCUGGUUUUGGGGUGACCUGUUCUGGAACAGGGAAAAGUUCGUCUAGGUGGCAAAUUCUUAGUCGAGGCAUUCACACCUCCCGUCAAAGAUGUACAAUAAUGCCGUCCUGGGUGAUUGACAGUUAUGGAAAUAAUGACGUCCUGCGAUUCACAGAUAAUAUGCCUUUUCCUGUAAUCAACUACCCUAAUGAAGUAAUUCUUAAAGUCCAUGCUGCAGGUUUAAAUCCCUUUGAUGUUAGCAUGCGAAGUGGCUAUGGAGCGUCUGCUUUAAAUAUGAGGCGAGAUCCAAUACGCAUCAAACCUACAGGCAGUGAAUUCCCUCUAACACUUGGCCGAGAUGUUUCUGGAGUUGUGAUGGAAUGUGGACUGAAUGUGAAAUAUUUCAGCCCUGGAGAUGAGGUAUGGGCAGCAAUUUCACCUUGGAAGCAAGGAACUUUAGCAGAAUUUGUUGUAGCAAGUUCCAAUGAGGUAUCCAGAAAGCCCAGGAAUCUCAGUCACAUUGAAGCUGCUUCUAUGCCUUAUGUUGGUCUGACAGCAUGGUCUGCAGUGAAAGAGGUUGGGGGUCUAAAUCAGAAUAAUUGUAGCAAUAAAAGAGUAUUGAUCUUUGGUGCAGCAGGUGGAGUUGGUACCUUUGUAAUACAGUUACUGAAGGCUUGGGGUGCUCACGUGACUGCAGUCUGUUCUCAGGAUGCCAGUGAACUGGUGAAACGUCUUGGAGCUGAUGAUGUGAUUGAUUACAAGUCUGGAAGUAUGAAAGCACAGCUCAAAAGAUUACCACCGUUUGAUUUUAUCCUAGACAGCGUUGGUGGAUCCACUGAACAAUGGGCUCCCAGUCUCCUCAAGAAGUGGUCGGGGGCCAAAUAUGUAACUUUGGUGACUCCCUUCUUAGUGAAUGUAGACAGGCUUGGUGUAGCAGAUGGCAUGCUUCGGAGUGGAUUGACCAUUGGUGCAAAAACAAUAAAGCAUCUUUGUACAGGAAUCCAUUACCAUUGGGCUCUAUUCAGUUCAAGUGGUCCUUCUCUGGAUGAUAUAACUGAACUUGUUGAUGCAGGAAAGAUACGCCCCGUAAUUGAUCAGGUUUUCUCAUUUUCCGAUGUUCCCAAGGCCUUCAAGAAGAUGGAAGAGGGGCAUGCCCGUGGUAAAACAGUGAUAGAUGUAAUUAAUAAAAAUUAAUGUUAUCUGCUCA